CAUGUAAUUCAGCUACAAAAUUUUCAGUUUUUUGUUUGGCAAAAAUAGAAAGGCAAAUCCCCAAAGCCCUUUGGAUUAAAUGGUUUUAAUUAUAGUAAAUUUGACUUGCCCUUUUGUUUUACCUUAAUCUACUUUUGCUAGUUUGUGGAUGCUUUCCCUUUUCGUAUUUUCUCUCUAUUUUGAUCAUCUUCCAACAGAUCGGCUUCAGAUGGGUGAGGUAGUCUCUACAAUUCCAAGUAGGUUUGCCUUUGCCGGCUAUUCUCUCAAUUCUUUUUUAUCAUUCUUGUUUUGGGUUUUCAUUUUUUUUCUAAAUGACUGACAGCUUCGAAGCGCCAUUUUUUUGAACUCUUUUUUUGCAGCAAGCAAUGGCCCCAAAAGGUAUUUGGAUUUUAGCUUUUACUGGUUUUAGUUUCAUUGGACGUAAUUGUUAACUCGAUGAUGACUCUCAAGCAAAUGCAUCAAAGCUAAAAGUUUAUAUUACUGGUUCAUUGUUUUUAUAGUUUUAAAAGUUGUAUCUUUGGGUUUAUUAUGGUUCAUUAUUUUUUAUUGGAAUAUGUAGUUGCUGCCCUCUUUGAAUGUCAGUAGAAGCCAGCCAAUUACAAUAUCUUUUGAAGUGAUUUGUGUUAGAUAUUAUUUUUGCAAUGGCAUUUGUGUAUGCAGGGGCGAAUCCAUAAUUUAUUUUAGGGGCCAAAAUUGAAUUGUAAUUUUCUGAGAUGUCAAAUAUAUAUUUUAUCAUAUAUUAGUUUAUGAUUUUAUAAUUUUUGAAAGGAUUAAGUAUACUAUUUUUCCAUUUUUUGAGGGGGCUAAAGCAUAAUUUUCCUUUAUAUUGAUUUAUAAUUUGGUCAUAUGUAAGGGGUUAUAAUUUGAUCAUAUUAUUGGUUUAUCAACUGUACAAAAAUAAUUAGAAUCAUGUUAAUGAGUUGAUAUGUAGGGAUUUCUUUGACUGGUUAGAGCAAUUCUUAUGAAAUACAAAAUUACAAAUGAUUCUUUUAGUAAAAACAAAGGAAGAUUAGUUGAUGUUGACAAGCUGUAUAUUAUAAAACUAAUGGUGGAAUGGAUCUUUUAUCCUUAAUCAAGCUAACUUCAAAGUAUAAUUGCAUAAUAUGGGUACUUCUGAAAUUUGAAAUUUACUAUUUCUAAAGAGCACCAAAACCAGAUUUUCAUUUUUUAUUAUUUUUUCUUUUCUGGGUUUUGUAUUUAAUAUAUAUAUACAGUCACAAAGAGCUCUCUUUGUUUUUUUAGCUGCUGUUGCUUUCUUUUUGCCACCAUUUCUUUUCUUUUUCAUGGUCUCUCAUUUUACCAUUUGUUGCCUUCACCAUGGAGAUGGAGAAAAGGCUUCUCUUUUCACUUCUUUUAUUCUAGCUGCUUCUUCUUUUGGAUUCCUCUUCAGCUCAGAUGCAAGAUUUAGGACUAAGACAACCAAGGUUAGAAGGGGAAGAAUAUUUAUCAAUUAUUGAUGAGUUCAUCGAAGCGGUUUUAACACGUUGGCCUAAGGCUAUUGUACAGUUUGAGGAUUUUCAAAUGAAGUGGGCCUUUAAAACUCUGAAACGCUAUCGGGAAAGGUUUUGCAUGUUUAAUGAUGACGUACAGGUAACUGCUGGAGUUGCACUUGCUGGAUUGUUAGGAACUGUAAGAGAACAAGGUUGAUCUUUGGAUGAUUUUCCAAACCACAAGAUUGCUGUGGUGGGAGCUGGAAGUGCAGGGCUUGGUGUUCUUAGCAUGGCUGUUCAUCCUAUUUGUGCAAAGCCUUUUAUGUUCUUUUAG